UGAAUUGCCGCUAUUCACAAGCCGGCCAUUAUUUGUAAGCAGCAACUACUCGUGUUUGUUGUUCCCCGUCUGACGCUUUUGGCCAGUGUUGCUGUGGUGUAUCGUUGAGUUUCCAAGUGAGAUCAUCCAACCUAUAUAGUCAAAAUGGGAGACGAAAAAAAGGCUAACGAAUCUGAGCACAUCAACCUGAAGGUGUUGGGACAGGACAACGCGGUCGUCCAAUUUAAAAUCAAGAGACACACUCCCCUGAGAAAGCUCAUGACUGCGUACUGUGAACGUGCCGAUAUUAGUAUGCAAGUGGUGCGGUUUAGAUUCGAUGGUAACCCCAUCAACGAAACCGACACGCCGACCAGCUUGGACAUGGAAGACGGCGAUACUAUUGAAGUGUACCAGCAGCAAACUGGUGGAAGAUGUUGAAAUGUUGUGUUGUAUAUGCUACCUUAAUGUUAUUACUGAUGUUAGUUCUAAAUAUCAAUACUAAAAUUAAAGUAGUUUUAUGUAUAGACCUAAGUUAAUUUUAAUUUUAAUGUAAGUAAACUAAAGAAAAUCACCAGAUAAGUUAAUGGUUUAUUUCAACCCAGACAAUUUUCAGUAUGUAGGUCUGAUUUUUGUAUUUGUAAAAGUUACAAUUAAACAACUUUUGAUAUA